CGAUAAUAGCAGGCCCGAUGAAUUUUCUUUCCACAUUUCUCUCCCACGUUCAGAAGUAAACUCCGGAUUUCUCUCCCACCGAAUCAACCACGUUCUCUCUUUCCUUGUUGAAAUGGAGAGAUCUUUGAUCUUCAUCCCUACGAUAUCUACCAGAAUCCUCACUGCACUUUUCGUUUCCAUUGGUCCGAUUGUUUCUCAGUUUCUAUUCACCUUUCAUACAUCCAAUUUUUUCCAUGGAUUCAGGCCAUUUUUGAAAUUGAAUAGGAAUCUUGACAUUGGACACAAGAAAUUUAUGUUGAAUUGUGCAAAGGCUAAUAUUGGUACAAUGAAGUCUUACCGCCUGUUUAAAGAAUCUGUAGGUGGGUAUGACAACGUUGGAGCUACCGCAGUGGAUUUCAAGAACUUUAAGCGAGAUCUUAAAGCUUACAUAGCUGGUGGUGAUGCACAAAUGGUCAUUGAUAAGCUUUUCAGGAAGCACGAAACAUGUUCUGCAUUUUUCUUUGAGUAUGAUGUCGAUGAAAGUGACCAACUUACAAGGCUAUUCUGGUGUGACCCCGUUGCUAGGAAGAAUUAUUCGUUGUUUGGGGAUGUUGUCUCAUUCGAUGCAACUUACGAGACAAACAGAUACAAUAUGAUUUUCGCUCCAUUCACGGGCGUAGACAAUCACUGUAAGUGCAUUACUUUUGGGGCUGGUUUGCUAACUAGGGAGGAUGACGAGUCAUAUGCAUGGCUGUUUCGUCGUUUCUUAAAUGCUAUGGGAAAUGCCCCGAAGUGCAUCAUCACUGACCAAGAUCUUUCAUUGCGAGUGGACCCAAAAGAUAACCUAAGCAGUGUCGAAUCUCGUAUCUGGAAGUGGUUGAUGAAAACUAAAGAUGCCCCAAGGGAUGAAAUAGUUUUUAAGUGUGGCAAUGUGGUAUUGGACCGUGGGGAUCUGAUGACAUUAAAUGCUGGUGAACACAUUUCGACAAGAGUCAUUGAUGCAUGGUCUACAAUCUUGAAUCAUAAGGAAGUAUACCGUAGCAUUGGGUCGCCUUCAAGAUUCUUUGCCAAAGGAAUGAAAUGUCUAUACACAUCUGAGGGUGAUAUCCCAGACAAAGAUACUGCGUUUAAGUUGUUUUGUGAUGCAUUGGAGUCUGGUAACACAUGCACAUCCCCAUUUAGUGCAGAUAUGAUUUUCUUUCCAAUAAUGCAGUUGAAGUGGUGUUAUUGUGUUUGUGUGAACAUCAAGGCUAGGAAGGUUGAACUUUUGGAUCUUUCCUCGUCGUCGGCAAAAGCAGAUGAUAAGUAUGAAGGAAUGCCAACUAACGUUCUUGACAUGCUUGUGAAGUAUUUUAGCAAUCAAGGAUUGGAAGGGAAGGUUGGGAAGGUGUGUUCCCAGAAACCAACGCGUUUGAAGAUGUCGCGGAGGGAUGUCACCUCUGUUUAUGAGUAUGGUGUGGCGACAAUGCGGCACAUGGAGACAUACAUGGGCCGAGGUUUAAAGGGAUGGGACUGUGGUUUAUCCAAGGAAGACCGGAAGGCAGUGAACACCCUUAGGUCCAAGUAUUGUGCUUGCAUAUCAGUUGCCGAAAUGAAUGAAAUGAAGGAAGUGAAUUUGAAGAAAUCAAAGGACUUCAUGAAGGGAUGAACAUUAUGUGGUUUAUUAUGUUUGGUUUUUUUGCUAUGAUGAUGGUCAGAAACAAAUGCGUGGUUGGCCU